UUGCCCAAUAAACUUUUUUUGUGUGUGUUUCUUUGCAUAUUAUAGUAUGGACUGUAUGUUGUUCUGGGACAGAAGUUUGAUUUCACUGAACUAAACAUGAAGAACAUAAGAAAAUGGUGGUGUGCCAUCUUGCUUGACAAUUUCUCUUUAGAACAUGGGAGAAAGAGAAAGCGAGCUGUUGUAGCUGAAGAAGAAGAAUGCUCUGCACACCCUGAGAAGAAAAAACCUGAACUUGCAUUUGAAACAGACCAAACCCCAGUUGUGCCCUCUGUUUUUAGCAAGGAUGAGCUGUUAAAAGACGAUGACCCUCCAUCAUGCUUCAUCUUCAAGUUAUCAGGAGUGUUGCUGAAGAACAUACUUCUUGAAGUUGUUCUUCAAGAAGGAGAUGCUGCCUACAUGCCCCUGUCAUUGGCUUGCUCAAGGUUCAGGGACAUAGUUGGGGAUGGCAAUUUCAGGAAUCAGGCACACUUCUUAUGGCUAGAAAGUGUUACAUGCUGGAAAAAUAAGUCGUCUCACUACAAACAGCUCUUCUGGAGGAUGUACUCAAUCUCCACUUGUUUGGAGUGUGGGUUUGACUACAAAUGCUGCACACCUGGUUAUGCUGGGAAGGGAAAGCGAGGCGAGCUCCAGGGCAUUUAUUCAGAAACCUUCCACCCUGGAUUUUGCAGUUUUCACUGCAUGCAGAUCAGUUCUAAUGAGAUAUAGUGUCCUUACUAAUAACAAAAAAGACUACAAAUAAGAAAAUACAAUAAACAAUUUUGCAAUCAAUUCUGAA